UUGAAUUUACAAUGAUAAUUGUUGCGUUAUCUGUUAAAUUUUGUCAUCCCCGUGAAAACAGCAACGGGAACAGUCUUGGUUUCUUCGGAUUGGUUUCGACUGGGCACUGAUGGUUUUUUUUUGUUGACCUAUCAACAGUUCCCGCCACAGCAGCGUUUGGUUAUUUAAGGAACUCGUUUCAACGCAGAAUGUCUUUUCAAGCAUCGCCUCCACCUCUCGGGUCGCAGAGGUGUCGUCGCCCUGGCAACGAGGAGACCUUCUACGUGCAGUGCCGAGCUGCAUACCUGGCUGUGUUCGGAUCGAGUCUGACAAACGUCGGUUCAAAACAACAGUUGUGUCGUGUUCUCCGGCAGGCUGGUAGAAACCCAUCCCUUGCAACUCUUAAUAAGUACUGGACACCGAGGACGUCUGAACUGAACUUUGAUGAUUUUUGUGAGAUUCUUAAAAUUGAAAUGCAAACUGAUAAGAAUGAGCUGAUGAGAGCUUUCAGAAAGAUGGACGUUAACGGUGAUGGCUACAUCGCACACAGUGAAUUGGAGAAAGCUCUUACCACAAGAGGAGAGAAGAUGACCAUUCAGGAGGUAAAUGCCAUUUUCUCACUUGCUGACAUCAACAAAGAUGGCAAGUUGGACUAUACAGAGUUCUGCAGCCUACUGGUGUCCACAGCAAAGUGUUGCCAGACAGCCGCCUUAGAGAGGCUAGAGGCUGAUGCCAAGCUGAGAAGGCAGAACUUUGGCAACGAGUCAGACAGCCCUCUAAAGAGCUCCAUAUCGUCAUCAUCAUCAUCAUCAUCCUCAGCAGCAGUAGCAGCAAUAACUGUCCCCCAGCCUCCAGAAUCUCCAAGGACAGAAUCAGAUACUUCAUGCCAGAAAGAGAGUCGAUCGUUCUGCCGCCCCUCCUCAGCACACAGCAGACGAUCAUCCCUGUCUAAUGGCAUCACUAUGACAGCCAGUAGCACAAAGACCUGCAAAACAAUGGAGCCUGCAGCUUUGCUGGAGUGGCAGCACAGUUGCAUGAAGGGCUGUUUCUUCCUGGAGGAUGAUGGGAGCAUCAGCUCUCUGCAGUACUGUCUCCACCUGCCCCAGACAACCAGUGUUUACCUCACCAUCCAGCCACUGGACCUCAGCCACAGGCCCGACAAGCCCCCAUCCUGGAUGAUGGUGGACACAGCUCUUUUUGUCCUAUCAGCAGGUGACACCAAAGAGGAUUCCACCCUUGUGUGUUUUACAGAGUUGAGAAACAAGGGGAAGUGUGUAUGGAAAGGAGAACUGAGUGCUGGAACCUACUAUCUCCUGCCCUUCACCAGUGGCUGCAGGCUAAGGAAGAGGAGCAGGAAGAACCUUUCUGAGAAACCAGUUGAGUUGGUCUACAGGACUGACACUGGAGAGCUAGACCUCACCAGAGAGUUCAGGGAGGUGCUGUCUGAUAUCUUCGAGGUGAUAGACCUAGAUGGAAAUGGCUUACUCAGUUUGGAGGAGUACAAUUUCUUUGAGCUGAGGACCAGCGGAGAAAAGUGUGACGGCGAGGCCUGGGCAGUCUGUAGAGAGAAUUUUGACACCAGGAGGAACCAGCUGACCAAACAGGGCUUCAUGGAGCUGAACCUGAUGGAGGCUACAGAGAGAGAUGGAGACCCCGCAGACCUGUGGCUCACUCUAGAAGCAAUGGGCUACAACCGUGGCCUGGAGCUUGUAGAGGCUUGUCCAUUCCAGAUAGAUGUACACUGUGAGGGCUCCCAGCCAUCAGUCCAGCCUCUCAGUCUGGAUUCAGGCCCCAGGCUGCUGAAUCAGGCACUACAGAAGUCCAUUGUUUCUAAGGCAGAGGCUCGGGCACUAAGGGGGAAAGACAACGUCCUUCUCUACACCUACCGUGGAGAGCACAGGAUCUCCUCACUCAUCGUCAACAAGACCAACCAGAAAGUGACAGUCCAUGUGAACAACGACCAGAGUAGAAACUGCUGCAGCAGCAGAGGCAUGGCUGUGUUCGCUGUUGAGGUCCCAGCCAAGACCAAGACGGUUUGCCAGCAUGUCCUUCCCAUCAGUGACCGACAGGACUGGACGUACUGCUGUGUGGAAAGCAUCCUACCCGGCCAGUGAAACCGCACUGUGAAAUCAACAGAAAAAGAGUGGCACUUAUUUUACACUACACUAAUGAAGACUAGUAGCUGGAGAAGAUGUGUUCACAAGCCACGGUUGUGUACAUAUCCCCCCGACAGGGAAAAGGUUACUGUUCAAUACUAAUUCAUUAUUCAACUACUCCAAGCCAAAGGGUUGCUGAUUUGAUUCUUAUACUAACAUGUGCCUUUGUCUGCAGAAAAGUUGUUUUAAGGAGAAGUUAUGAGAUUGUAUAACUGUUAACUUUUUUAUAUGUCGACAUUAGAUUUAAAAGAAAGUACGGAGAUUAAAAUCUCCAUCAGUAAGCUGCCUAUUUAUUUUCAAUGUUAAACAUUUCUAAAUAGCUAUAAUUUGCGUCAUUUUCACGGUUUAUUCAUAAUCUAUCUAUUACCUAACCGUACUGACCACAGUAUACUCCUCAGAUGAAAUAUGGUUUCAUGUUUCUCAUGUUAAUAGAAGCAGCACUGUUGACAAUUAAUACAUGCCUUAUCGUGUAUCAGUUGAAUUAUAUUAAAUUCAGUCUGUUCUAUGUAUAUUAAGUCAAACUGCCAUUUAUUCGUUCAUUUUAGGACACUUUAUUUGGACUGAUUUCAUCACAGAUCUGAUAUG